UCACUUAAUAAAAAAACUCUUUAUUCUCUCUCUAGCAGAGGAAACACAAACAGUCGAAGCAGGGUGUUAUCGUCUAGCAGAUCCAAAUCUGGAACUGAAAUCCCCUUCUCCAUUCAUUGAGUGAAGCUUCAGCUUCGAUAACGAACACAGUCCUUUUCCAUGGCAAAUGCCUGGAAAAGAGAUAAGGCCACCAGACUCCUCUCCCCAAAGCUACUGUUCCUACUCUUCUCCUCCACUCUCAUAGUCUUCUUCUUCUUCGCAUUCCUUACCUCACGCCCCUCAAACCCCGCCACCACCCUCACCGCCUUCAACACCCGCCUCUCCUUCAAUGCAAUCUCCCCCUUCGACUGCACCGCCUCCCCUCAGGCCCACCCCGUCGUCGCCAACACCGUCGAGGGCGUCCGCUACCCCUUCCUCUUCUCGCUCUCCGAUUUUGGAACCUUACCCGACAAGCCCCACAAGAACAUCGUGAGGAUGCUCAAGGGCAAACCCUUUCGGAAACCCGACAUCUCCGUUACGGUUCAGGAGGUUCUCGAGAAGGCCAGGACUGAGGGUAAGGAUGGGUUUUUUGUCGACGUCGGUGCCAAUGUCGGCAUGGCGUCCUUCGCCGCCUCCGCUAUGAGGUUUCGGGUUCUGGCUUUCGAGCCUGUGUUCGAGAAUUUGCAGAAGAUCUGUGAAGGGGUUUACUUCAAUAGAGUUGCGGAUUUGGUCACUGUCUUCGAGGCCGCUGCGUCGGAUCGCGUUGGCAACAUUACCGUUCACAAGUUGGUGGGUAGGUUGGACAACAGUGCGAUUUCUGCCACAGGUGCAAAGUUGGCAUUUAAGUCCAAUGAAGAGAUAGCUUUUCAAGUAAGGACUGUUCCUCUUGAUGAAGUGAUUCCGAAAUCAGAGCGUGUGCUUCUGCUUAAAAUAGAUGUUCAGGGCUGGGAAUAUCACGUUCUUAAAGGAGCAUCAAAGUUGCUCUCAAGGAAAGGAAGCCAAGCCCCUUAUCUCAUAUACGAAGAAGAUGAGCGCUUGUUACGGGCCAGUAAUAGCAGUGCAAAAGAGAUUCGAGACUUCCUACGUAGUGUGGGUUAUCAUGAUUGCACCCAACAUGGCACAGAUGCACACUGCGUCAAGAAGGAUUGAUCAUAAUUUUGGUUUUUAGUUUUUGCUGCUCCUAGAUGGAAAACCAAGUUAUUGCCAGUUGACUAUGUCAGCUAAUUCUUGAGUGGUGGAUUGAUUGCUGAUGGAAACGAGUUAAGACGGGUGGCAACUACAUCGCUAACUGCAAGCUGCUUCGUGAUCUCUCUAUCUGUCCACGUAGUUUGAAAUGCAUGUGUUAUUGGACAAGCAUCACCUAUGAUUCUUGGGUAGGUCUGUUUGGGUUUAGGUCUUGUAUACAUGCCUUUAUUUGUAGGCAUUUGUUUAAUGAGUUCCACAAAUUUCCAAUUAUAUAUUGAAAUCUAUUUAUAAAA